AUGCUCUCCUUUUCAAACCCACCCCUCCUCAGCCUGAGUGUCCUGCUCUUUCUGGUGCACCACUCCCCUGUUCUCUCCUUUGGGACUUGGACCAACGACCAGUGCCAUCAAGCUUCUUUUGUGCCGGGCCACAACCUGGUGGGGCAGGGCUACGAUGCGGUCACCCUGAAGCGAAGAGCCCACGUGAUCGACGUGACGACGUACCUGAACCCAAGUGGCUCCUGCAAUCUGUACAAGAACCCUCAUCAUGGCAACGUUCUGCAGAAAGUUCCCGUCUCUGCAGGGGAGUGGCGUGCAUUCAGCCACUGUAAUGUGCAAUAUGACCACACUGAACACAACUCUGUCAGCUCCCUGAUCAGGUACUACUCCAACGAAGGCAGUAAUGGUUGGCAGAAUGGCUUGAAUUCCCUACAGUACGACCUGAACUAUGUGGGAUCACGGUCCGAUCUGUAUAAGUUUGCUACAGCCAAGUACCAAGAGGACUACCGCUACUUCAGCAGUCACAGAGUCACCUGUAGCCAUUACAGCUACCGUUUGUCGGACAACCCGCGCAUCAGCCAUGAAUUCUACAAGGCUUUCGAGAGUCUUCCCUAUUCCUACAGCAGCUCCACCAAAACCCAUUACAGAAAUCUCAUCAAUACCUAUGGCACACAUUAUACGCGCCAGGUUGAACUUGGGGGGCAACUGAAUCGAGUCAGGGCCGCAUGUAUCUGUUCGUCCUCACUGAAAGGGCUCUCCUCAAAGCAGGUGCACUCCUGCUUGAAGCUGGGAAUCUCUGUUGGCCUUGGUCAUACUGCUGUAGCUCACAUCAAGACUUGCAACAAUAUCCUAUACAAUCAGGACGUCUCCACCACGUACUACCACGGUCUCCAGAACCACUACACACAGGUGGUAGGAGGAAAUGGUUGGUCGGGGGAGUUUUCUCUCAUCCGUGAAGACUCUCAGGGCUACAUCAAUUGGCUGAAGACCCUCACAUAUCACCCUGAUGUUGUGAAGUAUUCCCUGAGAUCACUGCACGAACUGGUGCCGGACUAUAAACGAAAGAUAGCCCUGAAGGCUGCUAUUCAAGAUUACCUGAGUGAAAACGCCAUCAGGCCCUCGAUCCAAGCAGGUUAUGGAAGCCAGAUCCUGAUUCCCUCAAAGUGCUGUAGUCAAAAGGUCUGGUGGGGACAGCUGGUGGUGACCAUCAUCCGAGGCUGGGGGCUAAGCGGAGUUGCACAUGGAAAUACUCAAACGUACGUAGAGAAAGGGGAACAGGGUUGA